CCAUCGGCAUGCCAAUUUCUCGUUUGUUUCACGCAGGAAAAUUCUGAUAAUAUCUCCGUCCAUUUUAAGCUUGGAGCAGCUAUAAAACCAGCCGAGACGAGCUAGACGACGCCACCACGCCUCAAACCGAGCUCUGAUCGAUCCACAGCCGGCCGGUCGUCAUAGCGAUGGACAAGCACGGUAGCUUCGGCAAGGGCUCGUCGGAGGACGUGGAGGCGCCGCUUCUGCGCGGCGGGGCGAAGGAGCGGCCGGCGGCGUCAGCGCGGGUGCACGCGCUGCUCACGCACAGGUACCCGGCCGUGGCGUCCGGGCCGGUGGCGUGCGCGGCCGUGUGCGCGCUCGUGGACCUCGGCGGGCACCGUGAGGCGCGCAACAUGCUCGGCGUUCUCGCGUGGGUGUUCCUCUGGUGGGUCACUGGCGCCGUGCCCCUCGCUGUCGCGUCCAUGGCGCCACUGUUCCUCUUCCCGCUCUUCGGCGUCUCCUCCGCUGGCGCCGUCGCCAAGGCGUACAUGGACGACGUCAUCUCGCUUGUCCUCGGCAGCUUCAUCCUCGCGCUCGCCAUCGAGCACUACCAAAUCCACCGCCGCCUGGCUCUCAAUAUCACGUCGCUAUUCUGCGGGGACCCGGUGCGGCCGCCGCUGCUGCUGCUGGGCAUCACCGGCACGACCUUUUUCGUCAGCAUGUGGAUCCACAACACGCCGUGCACGGUCAUGAUGAUGCCAGUGGCGAUGGGGAUCCUGCAGAGGUUCCCGCGGGGCGGCGACGCCGGGGCUCCCGGAAGCCAGGAGGAGGUGCAGCGGUUCUCCAAGGCGGUGGUGCUCGGCGUGGUGUACGCGUCGGCCAUCGGCGGGAUGGCGACACUGACGGGCACCGGCGUGAACAUCAUCCUGGUUGGGAUGUGGUCGUCCUACUUCCCGGAGCAGGAGCCCAUCACCUUCAGCUCCUGGAUGUCCUUCGGGCUCCCCAUGGCGCUGAUCAUCUUCUUGGCGCUCUGGGUCACCCUUUGCCUCAUGUACUGCUCCAAGAACACCGGCAAGGCACUCUCUGCUUACCUGGACAGAAGCCAUCUGAAAAGAGAGCUCGGCUUGUUAGGUCCCGUGGCUUUUGCAGAGAAGAUGGUCUUGGCUGUGUUUGGGGGUCUGAUUGUGCUAUGGAUGACCAGAAGCCUUACAGAUGACAUACCUGGGUGGGGAGUUCUCUUCCACAACAAUGUUGGAGAUGGAACAGUCACCAUCAUGAUGGCUACACUGCUGUUCAUUAUCCCAAGCCGGAAGAACGAUGGCGAGAAACUGAUGGACUGGAACAAGUGCAGCAAGAUCCAGUGGGACAUCCUCCUCCUCCUCGGGGCAGGCUUUGCCAUUGCGGAGGGCUUCAAGUCUAGCGGCUUGACCGACAUCCUUUCCGAUGGGCUCAUAUUCCUGAAGGGUGCACCGACCGUGGUCACUGUUCCUGUGGCCUGCAUUGUCAGUGGGAUCAUCACGGAGUUCACAUCUGACGAUUCGACUACGACACUGGUGCUGCCUCUGUUUGCAGAAUUGGCGAAGUCCAUCGAUGUGAACCCGGCGUUGCUUAUGGUUUCUGGAGCAAUUGGGGCUCAGCUGUCAUACUUGUUGCCUACCGGAUCACCGUCAAACGUCGUCGGGUACAGUGCUGGUCACAUUACCAUCAAGGAUUUUGUGACCACCGGGCUGCCCCUGAAGGUGGUCGCAAUCGCUGCUCUGACAAUCUUGCUGCCAAGCUUAGGAUCACAGAUUUUUGGCAUUGACAGCAGGUCAUAGGAGUGCAACUUACUCCGAUAGUAUAUUUGCACAGUACUUUCGUUAUGUCAUGUCUGUGGCUCUGUUCCCUAGUUGAGGGUGGGUAAUACUCUUUUAUUUCUCCAAGAGUAAGCAUAGAGAUGUGUAUGCAGUCGUUCUAUGUGAAUAUAGUUGAAAUGCACCAAUUUGAUCA